AUGGCCGCUUCAACUACCAGUCAGGUUUAUAUCGAUGUUAUCGAAGAUGUCAUGGUCAAGGUUCGAGAUGAGUUCGUUACCAACGGUGGUGGUCCCGGAGAUGAAGUUCUCAGAGAGCUUCAAGCCAUUUGGGAAACGAAGAUGAUUCAAGCUGGUGCGGUGCUUGGUCCAAUUGAGAGGUCUACUGGUGCUAAUAGACCAACGCCUGGUGGUCCGAUUACUCCGGUUCAUGAUCUGAAUGUGCCGUACGAGGGGACUGAGGAGUAUGAAACUCCUACUGCUGAAAUACUUUUCCCCCCUACGCCAUUGCAAACUCCGAUUCAAACCCCUUUACCUGGAGCUGGGGAGACCCCGAAUUAUAACAUUCCUACUGGACCAAGUGACUACUCUUCUUCUGGAAAUGAAGCCGGUGGAAAUGCUGAUGUAAAAGGUGGAAGACCAAGUCCAUUCAUGCAACCUCCUUCUCCUUGGAUGAAUCAGAGGCCUCCACUUGAUGUCAAUGUUGCUUAUGUGGAAGGACGGGAAGAUGCAGAUAGAGGAGCAUCUAAUCAGCCUAUGACACAAGAUUUCUUCACAGUGCCCGGUGGAAAGCGGAAACGCAAUGAUAUGCCUCCACCAUAUGAUGUUGGAGGAUAUAUACCUCAACAAGAUGGAGCUGGUGAUGCCGGAUCUGGCGAUUUUGAAAUUGAGGUUUGUGGAGGGAGCAUCUCCUUCAAUUCACAACUCACUAAUUCAAAAGGGAAAAUGCCCGCAGACUUGGAGAGACUGAAUUCUAGGAUUCCUCAACUUGAUGGACCAAUUCCUUAUGAGGAUGAUGUGCUUUCUACUCCAAAUAUAUACUAUAAUGGUGGAGUGUACAAUGAAGACUACAACGCUGCAAAUACACCAGCUCCUCCUGAAGUACCAGUAAGCACCCCUGCUCUCGUUGCUCAAAAUGAGGUGGUAAAUGACGAUGACGAUGAUGAGCCUCCAUUAAAUGAAAAUGACGAUGAUGAUUUGGAUGACUUGGACCAAGGAGAUGAUCAAAAUACACAUCAUCUAGUUUUGGCACAGUUUGACAAGGUGACACGUACUAAGAGCAGGUGGAAAUGCACAUUAAAGGAUGGCAUCAUGCAUAUAAAUAACAAGGAUAUUCUCUUCAACAAGGCAACUGGAGAGUUUGACUUCUGA